CUUUACUGAAGCACUUAUAGCAUACAAUAUACACAUGUGAGGUGUUAUGACAACUGUUGUAAAAUGGUUGAAAGGAAUAACAAUGUGCAAAAGCAACAAAGUUGAGUGCUUGAAGAACCUGAAUAUCUGCAACCCGAAUAUUCCAAGUCAUAUUAAGAUAGGUGAAAACAAAAGUACAAGCUUCAAGGAUCUUAUUGCAAAAAGGAUUUGUCUUGCCGUAUUGUUGCGUGUUAAUGGCUGCUUCUCCUCCUUGCAAAAGUAGCAGAGACCCGCUCUCCCCUCCCAUUUUCACAGCCCAAAACCCCUCUCUCUCCUCACAAUUGUUCCGGAACUCGUCCUCAUGGUGCCACAACAUGAGGGACCUCAAACAACUCCAUGCCCACUCCAUCAAGACUGGCCUCAUCGCAGACCCCAUUGCUGCCAGCCAGCUUUUGGCCUUCUGCGCCACCUCCCCCUCAGGCUCCAUGCCCUACGCUCUCUCUCUCUUUGCCCAAAUCGACCACCCCAACUCCUUCAUCUACAACACCCUCAUCAGAGGCCACUCUCUCUCGUCCACCCCUCAAAAUGCUCUCUGUUUCUUCCAGCGAAUGCUCGACUCCUCUGACAUCUGCCUGGAUCGCCGCACGUACCCUUCUCUCUUUCAGGCUUGUGCCCAGUUAUCCGCAUUCGUGGAAGGGGCACAGCUUCAUGGUCAGGUAAUCAAGUUCGGUCUGGACCCUGAUGCUUUUAUCCAAAAUACGAUCAUUCAUUUCUAUGCGUCUUUGGGCCUUCUUAGAACUGCUCGCCAAAUUUUCCGUAGAAGUUCGAAUAGAGAUGUUGUUUCUUGGAACUCGCUAAUUGUGGGGUGUGCAAAGUGGGGUCUCCUUGAAGAGGCGCGUCAGUUGUUUGAUGAGAUGCCAGUUAGAAGUACUGUAUCUUGGAAUGCUAUGAUUGCUUGCUAUGUGCAUAAUGGGCGAUUUAUGGAGGCCUUAAGGUUGUUUAGAGAGAUGCAAGAGGCAAGGAUAGAGCCCACUGUCUUUACAAUGGUCAGUUUGUUGAGUGCGUGUGCGCAGUUGGGUGCUCUCGAGCAAGGUGAAUGGAUCCACAAGUAUACAAAACAGAGAAUCAUUGGUUUCAAUCCAAUCCUUUUCACGGCGAUCGUGGACAUGUAUUCCAAGUGUGGAAACAUCGAUAAGGCCCUUGCAAUCUUCGAGAGUGGCCAGUGCAAACCACUUUCAUCUUGGAACUCAAUGAUUGCGGGGCUUGCAAUGCAUGGAAGAGGCAAGGAGGCAAUUGGGCUCUUCUCGAGGCUUGAAUUCUCAGGUUUAAAACCCGAUAAUGUGACUUUUAUCGGUGUUUUGAGUGCAUGUAACCAUGCGGGUUUAGUGGAAGAAGGGCGAGAAUACUUCUUGCAAAUGCAAGAGACUUAUAAGAUUAUACCUGAUAUCAAGCAUCAUGGAUGCAUUGUUGACAUCCUCGGUCGAGCUGGUCUCUUAAAAGAAGCCGAGGAACUAAUCGAGAACAUGCCUAUAGAACCAGACAUAGUUAUAUGGGGGUCCUUGCUUUCGGCUUGUAGGAAUCAUGGAGAUGUGGAGAUAGGCGAGCGAGCUGCAAGGAGACUUUCAGAGUUAGAUCCAUGGGAUAGCUGUGGUUACAUACUUCUGUCAAACAUAUAUGCAGCCAAAGGUCGAUAUAGAGAUGCUCUUAGUGAGAGGAAGAGGAUGAAAGAAAAGAAAGUGAGGAAGAAACCUGGGUGCAGUUUGAUCGAAUUGGAUGGUGUUGUUCAUGAGUUUAUUGUGGGAGAGAGAUGUCAUCUUCAUGCUGAGGAAAUCUACACUAUGUUGAGGGACAUGGCUGUCAAUUUGAGGGAAGAGGGCUAUGCAAGUGAUCCAAAUCAAAGGUUGAUGGAUAACUCAUGAAGUGAGAGUAUGGAAAAUUUGUCUUUUCAAGUCCCAACAAAAACAGAAUUUGAUGUGGAUAACCUGGAAGCAUAGAGAGAGAGAGAGAUUGAAUUUGUACAUCCCUGUAAAGUUAAUACAUUUUUUUAUUUUCUUACA